CUGCCUCUUCCCGGCCCGGGCUCCUCCAGGCCAUCCUAACGGGGCUGGCUCCGCAGGAGGUGCCGUAGCGCGCACAGCCGCGCGCCUCCCCAGCCCGGAGUGCCAUCUUGGUGCCACCCCAGCGUGCCCCCUCCCCCUGGUGGAAGCGGCGGCCCGGCGCUGGCUCGGCCCCUGCGCCCAGGCAAACCCCCCCGGCAGCAGCAGCAGCAGCAGGGGCUGGUGGAGAGGGGUGAGCCAGUUAGCGCGCCCCGGGCCAGCGCCGUCCCCAUCCGCGCUCCCUUCCCUGCGCCACGGCGCGGCCCCCUUAAGAAUCUCCUUGACGUCAGCCAGUGGGGAGCGGAGCGGAGCGGAGCUCCCGGUUCGCAGCGCCGCAGAGCCGAGGGGGGAGCGCGCCCGGCCGGCUCCGGCUUCCCGAAUGACUAGGCCUCUGUGAGGCGCAGCACGCCACAGAGAUGGCUGGAACACGGGCCUUCUCGGAGGGGAAGAUCGCCGGCCUCUAUGAUUUGGAACGCACCCUGGGCAAGGGCCACUUCGCGGUGGUGAAGCUGGCACGGCACGUCUUCACGGGCGAGCGGGUGGCGGUCAAGGUGAUUGACAAGAGCAAGCUGGACGGUGGAGCGGCCACCCAGCUCCUGCAGGAGGUCCGCUGCAUGAAGCUGGUCCAGCAUCCCAACGUGGUGCGCCUCUACGAGGUCAUCGACACCCACUCCAAGCUCUACCUCAUCCUGGAGCUGGGCGACGGCGGAGACAUGUUCGACCACAUCAUGCAGCACGAGGGUGGCCUCGGGGAACAGCGGGCCAAGCACUACUUUGCCCAGAUCGUCCACGCCAUCUCGUACUGCCACCGCCUCCACGUAGUGCACCGUGACCUCAAGCCUGAGAACGUGGUUUUCUUCCAAGAGCAGGGGGUGGUCAAGCUGACGGAUUUUGGCUUCAGCAACUGCUUCCAGCCAGGCACCAUGCUCACCACCAGUUGCGGCUCCUUGGCCUACUCGGCCCCUGAGAUCCUCCUGGGGGAUGAAUAUGACGCUCCCGCUGUUGAUAUUUGGAGCUUGGGUGUCAUUCUUUAUAUGCUGGUGUGUGGACAGCCGCCCUUUCAGGAAGCCAACGACAGCGAGACCCUGACCAUGAUUUUGGACUGCCGCUACGCUAUCCCUUCUCACGUCUCCUCACAGUGUGCAGACCUGAUCUCUCAGAUGCUGCAGCGGAACCCACUGCAGAGGGCCUCCUUGGAACAGAUCGAAAACCACCCAUGGCUGCAGGGUGUGGACCCCUCCCCGGCCAGUCGGUACCUCUUGCCUCUGACGUCACACAAGCGGGUCUCAGAGGAGGAGCAUGAGAUCAUCAUCCAGGCCAUGAUGUGUGGCAACAUUGCAGACCGGGAAACCAUCCAAGAAGCAUUGGAGGCCAAUCACUACAACCAUGUUACUGCCACCUACUUCCUGCUGGCUGAAAGGAUCCUGCGUGAGAAACAGGAGAAGCAGAGCCCUAACCCCAGCCUGGUCUACAACCUUGCCCAGCAUGUCCAGAGCAGAAGCACGUUCAGCACCGUGAGUGAUCCGAAUCGCCCUGCGUCUUCGGCAGAUAAAAGCCCUCAGCCUCUGCUGACAACCAAGAGUGCUUUGGAGAACUUUGCUGAGCAUUCUGGGAAGUCCAUUCUGUCCUUCUCUGCUCUGGGAGAAAGUGAGUCCCCUUCUAGCUUCCACGUGUGCGGGCAGCCAAUCAGAGCGCUCAUUCGACCCUCCCUCAUCGAGACUCCUAUUGCCAAGAGCACGCCUGCCUUGCAGCAGAUUUCAGAGGAGGAGGAGGAGGAAGAGGAAGAAGAGGAGGGGAGGCCUGGCCUCUUCCGAAGGAGAACCUCCUCCUUGAACCAAGAGCAAAUGAGCGAUUUCCAGAGUGCCAAGGCUUCCUUGUUGUUCUGCCGAAGCCUCGCAGCCCACAGCAAAAUAGCAAAGGCUCCCGCGGCUGGGUUCACCAAGGCAUGCUCCCUUGAUCAGUCGUAUGAAUCUAGCCUGAACCAGGUGGUCCUCCAGAGGCCUCUGUCCCUAAUAGACAAUCAAGGCCUUUGCCAAGAAUUUCUGAACCAAGCUGUGCAACUGGAACGUACCAGCAACUUCAAGUUGCAGGGGGAGAAAACAGCCCCUGAAUCCCCCCCAGAAGGGACCACUGAAGGUAAGCUAUGGCUGGGCAGCAAGGAUGAUCCUAAGGAGGGGGACUGUGGCCAGGUUGCCAAGAAUCCAGACAUGGAGCGACACAUAGGGAAGGAAGAGGACAAUAACAACACUCCCCCAGUGGGAUAUGGCCCGAUUAAAGAGAAGCCCCUGAAGAAAGGUGGGAUCCACAUUCCUCAGAAGAAUGAGGCGCAGGGCACAGCUGCCCAGGCAAAUGCAGCCUCGGAGUCGGAAGGCAAGUCCCAGAAACCAGACGGAAGCCUCGAGAUGGGACCACCCGGUAGGCCAAAGCACUUGAGCGACAGCUGCGGGAACGGCAGCCCCAGCGGCAGCGAGAGUUUGGCCGACAACAUUAUCAAGCUCGACCCCGCAAAGGGCAAGAGUGCCAACCUGAAGGACCGGAUCCUACAGUUCCCUCUUUGUGAGAAGGCCCUGGCCUUCCGAAUGCGGCCCGCCUCCAAGGAGAGCCUCCUCUCUCUAGGACAAUUCAACUGCUGCCAUGUCAUUUAGGGCCCAUGUUGCAUUUGCGCGAGAGAAAUUGACCGUAGUGACAAAGGCGAUGAUGAAGACACCGGCCAGAGGCAAGAUGUUGGUUCCGUUCCCAUGAUCCUCUGCUCCCCCGGAAUGGCUGCUGCGUGAGAAUGCAUUCUGACUCUAGUACCUGUUGUAUCCGCUUGAACGAGCUGGAAUGAACCAAAUGUGCCCUCCCUCUUCCCUCCACUCCUUGCUGAUACUCUCCAAACCCAGCAGCCUCCCAAUGCAUGCUGGGGUGCAGCCCCCUCCAGAGGACAGGAUACCAGGAGCCGCUGCCUUUUUUUACCCAUUGUCUGUUUCAGAAUCCCAAGAUUUAGAAGGCAGCUAAUUUAGCUAAAUGAAGCUGGAGCGAGGUCAGUGGCUUUGAAGAGGCCUCAAUAAGGAGAUCCUCAAGCCACGUUUUGGCUGCUGCAGGUCCCUCAAAGCCAAAAACUAGCAGUCAGGCAUGCAGCUUCCUGGCCAUGAUAUGCCCAUCCGCAAUGGCACUUGGGGGAAAAAACCCCAUGGUGCAUUGUGGCAGUAACUUUUUUCUUUUGCUUGUCGAAAGGACCAUUGUCCUGCUCUCUUAUUCUUCCCCACCCCCAAUAAUUCUCUGUUGUCACAUGACUCAGAAAAAGCCUGUCCUGCAAUUACGGAUUUGUCAGAAGCAGGCUGGAGGAGUCAGCUUCAAGAGCUCCUUUCGCUGCAUAAAAAUCCAUGCAGACAGAGGCCAAGGAGCUGCCUGACCCUGCCCUACUGCAAAGCUUGAGUCGUCCUAUCCUUUGCCUGCAGGCACCAGUCUUGACACCUGUUGUAGGCCUCUGUAGAUCCUUGGCAGUGAAAACUGAAGUUCCCCCGCCUCUUGCUGACAAAGAAAUUGCCAAGAGACCCCUUGGUUUGCUAACCCCACGGCUCAUGUUCCAGUUUGGGUAGGAUCUGUAUUGCAAAGCACUGGGUGCAGACACCAGACCUCUGUACAGCCAAGGUCUGUCACGUUGCUCCUUUUCAGCUCCCCCAGGAUUCCUCCUGACCUUUUGUCCCAUGGACUGCAUAAGGAAACCUAGUGGGACAAAUACAUCUUCCCCCAUCACAUGUAAAGCCGGCGGUGCAGGAUCUAAUGCUAGCUUCAGCAAAACUUGUCCAGGUGAGGGAAGCCAAAUCUUGCCUUCCCCUUACUGCACCCCAUUGCCAAGGCACUUAACAUCCAGCCCAGCUCACUUCUGGGAUUGAGGCAAGGCUCAAUGGGGGUUUAGACAAUGGACUGCAGCGAGGUAGGAGAUAGGCGCAGCUCCGCUCAUCCCCAGUCUCCCUCUUAUUUAUAGGCGAACUAACCUGACUGCCCUCGUUGGGCUUAAAAGCUCCGAGCUUCAAGUAGACCUCUCAUUGGCUCUAGCCUGAUGACUCAAAGGCACUAGGUCCGCAGCUCAACUCUUGGCUUUCCUUUAUGGCCACGACAAGAACGAUGAGGGAUUUUGCUAAUAGGUUUGAGGGCAACAUAUUGCUUUCACUUUAAUUUUCUAUUAGGAGCCCACUGCACUGUGUCAUUAAGGCUGUGGAGACCAAACUGUUCACCCACCCCCGUCCCCCAUGGACCAGCUUCUGGGUUUGAUUUGGUGCUAUGCAAGGCAGGAUGCCCUGGAAGCCAGGGAUGGCUCCACAGUAAGCUCUCAACUGGCCCUUCCCAGCCGGUGCCCCCUCUGUGUCAAAAGGGCCAGUGCUCAAGCCCCCUCGCAAGCAGCAUGCGCUCCCCUCCGAAGCAUCCCAGCUCGGCCAGCCCCGAAGAGGUGAGGUUUUUUUGUAGCAAUUAAAAUAUUUUUUAAACAAAUAGUCUAUUUUAAUGUAAUAUAGAGAUGGCUCUGUAUCCCUUCCUCAAGCCCCAGAGUUUUCCCUGGGCAGUGAUGCACUUUUUAGGAGUGAAUUAGCCAUGCUCUUGCCCGUCUUUGGCCAAUGAAGCUUCCCGUCCUUCCUUCCCCAGCUGCCUGGCAGCUCCCCUACCUGUCAGUUGUACAAGGACACGCCCCUCUUCAGGACUUCGCUUGUUGGGAUCAGAUGGACAAAGAGAUGACUCUGCACACCCGAUGUAUGUGCAGGACUGGGUGUGUGAAACCCGCGCACCUUAUCCAAACCUGUGUUUUUCUACCCUUUCCAUGUUUGGCGCCCUACCAAGCAGCUCCACGUCUAUGUUUACCCCUGUCCAGUGCCCAGAUCUCCAGCCCCUGUCCCCUCGCUGCCCCCUGUCUGAAACUCUUCCAGGAAAAUAAGCUGUCCGUGUAUUUAUCCUUCUUUCUUGCUGGCAAGAAAUGAACUGGGAAAAUAGAUUGCUGAGCUCACUCUGGGUUCUGUACAAAGUGCACUGAUUGGAUCUAAGGCAAAGCAAGUUGAGUCCAAUAAAAUAACCCUUGUGGAUUUUAAA